GAGGACGUGGAAGUUAUGCUUGCUCCGCCCAUUUGUUUAGAUGUCGCCGCUUCCAAAUCUAUUAAAAUUUAUUUCAUUUGGAGAUUUCCAAGCAUCUUGAGCAAGCACUUAUUUUUGAUUUUUUGCGGAGUUUAUUCGAGGAAGAAAAUGCGUUCGCUAAGGCUUCUCGUUGGAGUGAUCCUCAUAAGCGUCGUUUCUGCUCAAGAACCCGGUGCGGCUCGUAUCCUCGCUGCCAAACGCAUUUUGAAUCAGUAUCUAGUGCAGCGAAAGGACCUGAUAGUGGAAUACAAUUUGUACAACAUCGGUGAAUCAGUGGCGUACGAUGUGCAUUUGAUUGAGGAGAACUUCGACAAGGAAUUAUUCGAUGUGGUUAGCGGAUUCCCCAAGGCUCACUGGGAUCGCAUUCCGCCAUCGCAAAACGUAUCGCACGUCAUCAUUCUGCAGCCUAAGCACUACAUGAGCUUCAAUUUCACUUCGGCACGCAUACAGUACAAGAGUGGAGAAAGUCAGGAUGCUUCACUGGUCGUCGGCUACACGUCCGCUCCGGGCGAAGGACAAAUCUGGGAAAUCAACCAAUUUAAUCGUCAGUUCGCGCCGCACUAUGCUGACUGGAUUACGUUCUUGAUUAUGACAAUUCCUACUGUGGGCAUCCCGUAUCUGUUGUGGUAUCGUAGCAAGAGUCGAUAUGAUGUUUCUAAAACUGUUUUGAAUAAGAAGCUCUAAAUGGAUGAGGGAGUCUUGAUUUUAUGUUUUAAUAAAUGACGUAUUUUUAACAGCAUUGGCGAAGGUUGAUAUAAAUUUGUAGAUACAGUA